AUGCCUCAGCAGAAGGACGGGGUCCUCCACGAGGCCCUGCAGCGCCGCCUCAAGCACUUCUCAGUGGGCUUCGACGCGCUCGCCGUCGCCCUGCAGCACACGCUCAGCAAGGUUGAAAUGUUGGAAAAGGAUGAAAAGCAUGCAGACUAUAAUAUAAUAAAACGUGAAUGGAAAGACAAUAAAGUGCUGUUAGAUGAUAUGAAAUGUAAAGUUUCUGAACUGGAAUCUUCAUUAGAAGAAAAAAAUAACAGUUUAAGUCAGCUGAGUAGAGAAUAUGAAGAAUUAAUUGAACAAAAGCAAAAUAUGAUUGAAGAAAAAAGGAUAUUGGAAGAUGACCACAGGACUGCAGUUUCUUCUCUCAAAAAUGAAUUGCAAAUGCAGGUUGAACUUAAUAAUCAAUAUGCUGCAGAACAAACUAAAUUGGUAAAUCUGUAUAGAGAAAAAGAAAGUAAUUUAAUCAGUGAAUAUAAUCAAAAAGAAGAAAAAGCUAGGAAGGAGCAUGAAGAUAUUAUUGCUCAAAUGCGUCAAGAGUUCCUACAACUUGAAGAGAAUUUGAAAUUUGAGAACUCUCAAAUUAAGGAUGAUAAUGAGCGGAUGAAAAAACAGCUUGCUAUAUUUUCAGAAGCUGAUAACAAGGAUAGUCGCUUACAGGCAUCCAUUACAAGAUGUAAUGAGCUGGAGGAGGAGGUACGAUCUCUGCAGUCAGUUCUGGAGUUAAAGCAUCAAGAAUUACAAGAACUGCGAAAGAAUAAUGGAAGCUUAACACGUCAAGCAGAACAAUUACCUAGUGCCUUGCAACGCGUAACAGUUCUCGAGGCUCGAGUGGAGGACCUUCAAGCACAAUUAAAGGAUAAGGGUGAUGUAGAGAGGCAAGCUUCACAACAACAAAUUGCUUUGGUAGAAGCUCUACAAAAAGAAGUCAAUCACAAAAAUAGGUUGGCAUUGCUGACAGAGGAGUUGCAAUGGAAGUUGAAACAGAAUGCGGAAGUUUUUAGUGCUCUUGUUGCCAUGAAUGGUACAUCCGCUAACAUACAAGUGCCCAGUACUUCUGGAACUUCAUCACCUGCUGUAUCACGUAAAAAUACAAAUGGUUUACUCCACUCAAUUUCAGAGUCGGCUUCACCAGCCAAGGCUGAUUGUGAAACUCCAUCAAGAUUAUCAGUAUCAUCACUAAUGAAGAGGGUCAGCAACUCAAGCUACCAAACCUUACGGCCUGACAUGAGUGAUGAAAUUUCUUCUCCACCAUCUUCUCCAAAGAUAAAGGGUAUUGUGGAAAAAAAUGACUCUGUUUCAUGGGUCCUAGACAUGGAAGAGUCUUCAAAGGAGUUUGUAACUCGGUUAGUGAGACGAGCUGGAAGUUUUCGAGGUGCUACACCACCUCCUUCUGGUUCUUCACCUCGCACUCAAACUCUGCCCACAACCAAGCGCAGAUACAAAAGUGGUUCUCUUUCUUUAUCAUCUUCAUCAUCAGCAGUGUUUAGGAGGAGUAAUUCCAAGAAUGACAAUUCGGUUUCAUGCUCAGACCAAGAUCGAGAUCGCACUGAACAUUUCGGUUCAGCCCGAUCAAGAUCACAUUCAGUUUCUGCUGAUUCAGUGGACAGUGUGGACAUUAUUAAUUGGGGACUAAAUAUUUCAGAUUCUUACAAUAAAAUUCCUGAGAACAAUCAUGAAAUUCGUUCACAGGACAACAAACUGUUGAUUUCUGUAAAAAAUUCAGGCAGUAAGACUUUCAUUCCUCAUACAAUUCACAAUGAAAUGGAUAUGAUUCUUACAAACAAUUUGAGCUCGGAUCUUGAGAAAGAUCCAAGUGAGAACGGAGAACAGAAUUGGAAUUGUAAUAUGCCAGAUUUUUCAAAUGAUGAAUCGCCCACUAAAUCAUCUGGCUCAAGUGCCUACACCUCAUCAGAUGAGGAUGUACGCAAUAAUAUUGAUGGUAAAAAUAUUACAUCAAAUGAAAAUUAUUGCCACAGUGAAACAUCAUCCCAUUUGCAGAAUGUUCUCCCUUUUAAUGCUUUAAAUAUUUGUGGCUCGCCAAACACUGCUGAUUUAUCCCUUUUGGCUGCAUGUGCAGCAGCUCAGCCAGCCUUAAUGCCCAAAGAUGCUGCAGGUGAAGCAAUGAUAUCAGAAGAAACAUCAGAAGAUGAAAAUGAUCGAGAUGAAGUAGAUGAUCGUGAUGAGACUGUGUUAUAUUUAUGUUAACAUUGAAAUUUGAAACCUUUCAAUUUAAGGCAUUUGUUUUAUGUAACGGCAAUCAAGGAUAACAAUUGAGAGUUUUAUGGUUGCAUUAUAAUUGAAAUAUUCUCCCAGUGGUUUUAGUAUAAACGAAACAAAAAAUAUCUGAAGAAAACAUACUCAAACAAAUCUCGUAAAUAUGUAAGUCACUUUUUCCUGAAACUAAAUCCAUAAAUUUUUUGUAUACAAAUAUUUAUAUGUAAACAAUUGUAAUGCAGACUUGAAAUGAUACCCUUGGUUGAAGGAAUAACCAGUUACUCUGUUCCAGCAUUUUGAUGUGAUAAUUAAUACAAAGGUAUAGCUUUAGAUUUUAGUUAAGAAACGAUUGCAGUGUAUUGUAUGCUAUGACACAUGUUAUUGUCUAGCGCUUUGAAAGCAUAUAAGCAUAUAUGUAGAACAACAGAACGAUCAAAUGCUUUAAAUGAAAUUUGAAGAUCAUUACAUUAUAUGAGAAUUUUUUAGGUGUAAUGCAUCCUAGAAUGGAGAAUUCCGAUCUAUGUAUUACCAGAGUUGUGACCAUUUACUUUGUCACACAUUAUUAGAGGAGUUGAGUGAAAACCAUUCAUACAGACAACAGUAUUUAAGUGUAAAAAAUGUGAUAGCCCUGAAUAAAUAUGUUUCUUGUGCCCCACUUUGUUUUGCAUUUAAUUAUGGUCUUGGCAGGAUGUGAUUUUGAAAAAAAAAAAUUGUAACACAGAAACUAUUUCAGGGUCUUAUUAUCAGCAAAUGUCAGAUUAUUUGUGCAGCUGACAGUUGAGUGGAAGAUAGGUUAUUGUAAGGUUUGCAUGUUCAGUACAAAAUUAUUCAUUCUGAGUUUAUUAUAAUUUCACUUGCUUUUAACUUGAUCCACAAGAAGACAAGCAUUCACUUGCUAUAGUUUAUUUUAUUUAUUGAUGUGGGAGUCUUCAUAAAAUGUCAUAUUAUAAACAAUAAAGAUAUAACAAAGAUAGUAUAUUGUCUUGAUCAGAUAUUUUAAUAUAAAAUUACAUAGGUUAGGAUUCACAUGCCUGAAAGUUCGAAAAAAAUGGAUGACUUGCUAAAUAUGAAGUGUUAUGUAAUAAAUUGAAUAUCAAACAACAAAAUAUUCUGUGAACUGUGUGAAUGGAUCAAGAAAUGUUACUUGGAUUUUGGGAGUAAAUGAAUGCACAUAUAUUUCAAAAUAGGUAUUGUGUAUUUGCUGAACUAGUCGAAUCAUUAAAAUUUUGUCUCUGAGGCAAAGGAAUACCAAAAAUUAUUAUUUGAAGUGUAACAAACCUUAAUUAGUUAAAACUUUAAUUUUGUAUUCCUGUUGUACUUUAAAAUAAAUUUAAAUUAUAGAUUCAUUUCACAGUUACUUAAACAAGUUGUUUUUCAGCUGUUUUAAAAUACAACAGAAGUUGGAUGAACUAAUACGAAUGCAAGAGGUGAUUGAAGUAGCAAAUAUGUGAUUGAAGAGAUGUAUAUUCUUCUUUCAAGUGUAGGAGUUGAUGUACCAGAAGCAGGAGGAGGGUUUUGAUAAGAAAUUAUUUAAAACUUUUUAAAAAGUUUCUCAUUAAAAAAUCAGACCCACUAAUUUUGUCUACAACCAACCCUAACAGAAUGAUAAACAAUUAAAAGUGUAAUGUCAAUAUCCUCCUCGCAUGUUAAUAUUUACCUUGCAAUUGUUCAAGGUCAUGUUUCUGGUACAUCUUGUUCAUAUUUUGUAUAUUGUAAAUUACUAAUUCAUAUCACAGAUAAGUGUGCAUAAUAUGCUAUAAGUAUUUCACAAUUUUAUGUUUCCAAGUUUAAAGAAUUGGUUCAAAUUUGCUGUUUCUAUUUGUAUUAUAUAAUUUGUUCAUAAAAGUGAAUCAUCAAUUGCAUAUGUUUAGCAUUUGCUGAAAUAAAACAUAUUAUUGAUGACAUAAUGUGUUUUUAUUGUAGUUAGAAAGGGAAAAUAUUAAUUAUAAAGAAUAUAAUAUUACUUUAGCAAGAGUGUCUGUGUUUUGGG